AUGGCAGGACUCCAUUGUCUGGCACUCUUGCUGCCCAUCCUGCUGGGCUGUGUUGGUGGACACCCCGUGACUGGGAGGGCAGGCCCCCACAAGCUGCUUCUGAUCUCCUUUGACGGCUUCCGCUGGAACUAUGACCAGGAUGUGGACACCCCCAACAUGGACCGCCUGGCCAGAGAAGGCGUGAAGGCCAAGUACUUGACCCCACCCUUUGUGACUAUGACCUCCCCAUCACACUUCACCACCAUCUCAGGUCGCUGGAUUGAAGACCAUGGAGUCAUUCACAACAUGAUGUUUAACACGGAGACACAGUGGAAGUAUUCCUUCAAGACCACGCAGAACAAGACGGAGUGGUGGGACAAUGGGGUGCUCCCCCUUUGGAUCACAGCCCAGAGGCAGGGAAGGAAAACAGCAUCAUUCCACUACCCUGGGGGAGGUGCGAGGUACGAUGGUGAGGCUGUGCAGAGGUCCCUGGUAGAGUCUUACACCCACCCAGACAGCAACGAGACCGAGUGGAGGGAGAAUAUUGACAUCGUCAUGAACUGGUUCACCAAGGAAAACUUUGAUUUUGUGACCCUCUACUAUGGAGAGCCAGACAAUGUGGGACAUGCGGUUGGGCCAGAGACAGAGAACAGGAGGGUGAUGAUCCGGCAAAUUGACAGAACCAUCGGCUAUCUGGUGGAAGCCAUUGAGAGGCAUGGUCUGACAGAGCACCUCAAUGUCAUCAUCACGUCAGACCACGGCAUGACCACAGUGAAGAAGAAGCCCAAUGUCACCGAGAUCCUCUUGACCAACUACAUCAAGUUCAGUGACUUGGUCAAGUUUGACAUUGUGGACUAUGGCGGCUUUGGGAUGCUCCUCCCCAAACCAGGGAAAGAGGAAGCUGUUUACCAAGCACUAAAGAAUGCCCAUCCUCACCUCAAAGUCUUCAAGAAAGAGGAAUUCCCAGAACGCUUUCAUUACGCAAAACAUGAGCGGGUUCUGCCAAUCCUGAUAUAUACUGACUUAGGGUACAACAUUAACGGGCGACUUAUAAUAUAUUUCAACAAAGGGGAUCACGGCUUUGACAACGCUCUCAUGGACAUGAAGACCAUCUUCAGAGCUUUUGGGCCUGAUUUCAAAAAGAAUUACCUGGCAGAGCCCUUUGACAGUAUUCACAUCUACCCCCUGAUGUGCCGACUGCUGGGGGUCACCCCCGAACCGCACAACGGCUCACUGGCGGUCACUCAGGAUAUGCUCCUGAAUCAUUGGGACCAGCAGGCAGCAGCUUCGGCGCCCGCAGAGCACGGGCACAAGAGCACUCAACAGAAAGAGCCAGCUGGGGAUGUUUCACCUGGCACCUUCUGGGCAGGGGGACGGAAGCUGGACACUAAUCCCUCUAAGCCUCGGGAAAUCUGGAAAGGAAUCUACCCCCAACACAGCCCUUCUGGACACCGAAGAUAA